AUGAGCGACUCUGAUGACUAUUCAUACAUAGAAAGAUGCUUCAAUGGAGCUGCUUCUGUGCUCCCUUUGCCUCUGUGUGAACUGCUCUUCUUUCCAGUGUUAUAUUGUGAGCAUUGGUUCUUAUUUGUUGUUGAUUUGAAGCAAAAAAUAUUUCUAUUUCUUGAUUCUUAUUUCUCCAAGGAUGAUGAUUAUUUAGUUCUCACAAGAAGGAAACUUAUACCCAGGUUUUGUCAUGCAUGGGAUAUGUUUGUUGGUUCUAAUGUUGAUUUUCAACAUUUCAAGAUUGUGUACCCUCGUGUUCCAAAACAGAGCAAUACAUAUGUUUAUGUUCUUAUGCUUUUUAUCUUCAUUGAUUUCUAUGACAUUUUUCAAAAUCUUAUAGUUUGAAAUUUGCUCGUGAUGUACUA